GAUAAUGAGUUUAUUUUGUGAAAUCUGUACAGAAUUAAUAGGUCCCACAGAAGAUGUUAGAACAACAACUUGUGGUCAUUUAUUUCAUUUUAAUUGUGUAUCAGAAUGGUAUUCUCGUGGACACCGAACAUGUCCACAUUGUCGGCAAGCAAGUAGUUCACUCAAUUUGCAAAAAAUCUUUUUGACUUGCGUCACUGAAGAUCAAGUACACCUCAACAAAAAUUGUCCUUCUGCUAAAUUAGAAGAGGAAUUGUAUUUAUCAAAGGCGUCUUUAAAGACAUUAAAAGAUGAUUUAGAUGGUAAAAUCGCCGAUAAUCAAGAAAUGGUAUUAAAACUUUUAUCGAUGGAAGAGUUCCAUACAAGAACAAUGGAUGAAGUCAAAGAUAAAUUCAAGGAACUGGAACUUAAGGUAAGUUUGGCAGUAAUAGAAAACGAAGGUAAAGAUGAACGCUUGAAACAGUAUGAGGAGAAAAUAACUUUCUUGGAAGAAUCAUUAAAAAAUUCUAAAAUAGAGGAUGAUACCCAAAAUGAAAUUCUUUUAUUAAAACUAAUUUUGGAAGAAAAAGAAAAAUUGCUUAUUAAAGCAAAUGAAGAUAUAAAGAAAUUGGAGUUACUUCAAGAGAUUAAGGAAAAAACAGCAAUCUUUAAAAAUUCAGAUAGCCGUAGACGACCUUCACAUGAAAAAAGCAGUCAUAAUGGUAAAAACUGUAAAAUCCUUACUAAAUCUAGUGAUAGUGAGAAAAAUAGAAUCGUAAAGAGUAACGAUAAAGUUGAAGAUACUGUUUGUACUAACAAUAAAAAAACAAAAGGAGAAAAUGUAUGCGAAAUACCUGAACAAUUAGUUGAAGCAAUUUUAUCUAAAUGGGAAAAAGAAAAAAUCAUUAAAAAAUUGUCAUCAAAAUCAGAUAAGCGUGAAUCAUGAAGAUUUCAUAAAUUUUAUUUUUUUUUCCUAAUUUUUCCUAAUUAUAUUUAUUAUACCAAAAAAAAAUGUGUUUUUACUUAUUACAUUAA